CAUUUGCGGAAGAAUCGUGCCAACGCACUCUCGGUUUUCGAGUCGCCUUUCGCUCACCGACUAGUCACAGUCGAGCAACGUAGUCGCCACAGCCGGUGCAUGUUGCAAAAUUACCAAUUAGUACGUUAACCUACUUUGUUAGGCCCGUGUCGCUGCUUAGCUUUGGGCUAUAAUAGCCAAGACUAACUUAACAAUUGACGUUGCUAUCAAUGAAUGCAAAAUGUGAUGUGUCCAAGUGAUUAUUAGUGAAGUGUCAUGAGCAGGCGGAUAAUAAAAUCAAGAAAUAGUGCACUUGCGUGUUCCAUGUGGAUCCGGAAACAAUUGAGGGUGAUAAAAGAUGUUGCGACGGCGUGCCACCUAUAUUGUCAACGCCGAACAAGAUGAACGCAAAAACCGAUCCAAAUCAUCUGAACCUUCUCAGAUUUUCAUGAAAAUAAUAGGCAAGGACGGCUCAAAGGUGACGACUGUGGUGGCCACGCCGGGGCAAGGCCCCGACCGGCCCCAAGAAGUGAGCUAUGCGGACAUGAAGUUGAUUGGUAACGGCAGCUUCGGCGUCGUCUACCAGGCCAAACUAUGUGACACCGGCGAACUCAUUGCCAUAAAGAAGGUGCUCCAAGACAAGAGGUUUAAGAAUCGAGAACUUCAAAUUAUGCGACGAUUGGAGCAUUGUAAUAUUGUGAAAUUGAAAUACUUCUUUUACUCAAGUGGAGAUAAGAAAGACGAAGUGUACCUGAAUUUGGUGCUGGAGUACAUACCGGAGACUGUUUAUAAAGUCGCUCGUCAUUACUCCAAAGAUGAACAAACCAUACCCAUUAGUUUUAUAAAGCUCUACAUGUACCAGUUGUUCAGAAGCCUGGCGUACAUUCACUCGCUCGGCAUUUGCCACCGAGACAUAAAACCACAAAAUCUAUUACUCGACCCGAAGACAGGAGUUCUCAAAUUGUGCGACUUCGGCUCAGCUAAGCACCUAGUACGCGGGGAACCUAAUGUCUCCUACAUUUGCUCGCGGUACUAUCGCGCCCCCGAACUUAUUUUUGGCGCCACGGAUUAUACGACGAAAAUUGAUGUUUGGAGCGCCGGGUGCGUGGUUGCCGAGCUGCUGCUGGGUCAGCCAAUAUUCCCUGGCGAUUCGGGUGUCGAUCAGCUGGUUGAAAUCAUUAAGGUACUAGGAACACCUACGCGGGAACAAAUCCGAGAAAUGAAUCCGAACUAUACAGAAUUCAAAUUUCCACAAAUCAAGAGUCAUCCUUGGGCGAAGGUAUUCCGCGCGUGCACCCCACCGGACGCGAUCUCACUCGUGUCCCGCCUGCUGGAGUACACGCCCGGCGCUCGCCUGUCGCCGCUGCAGGCGUGCGCGCACAGUUUCUUCGACGAAUUGCGCGAGCCGGCCGCGAGGCUGCCCAACGGGCGGUCUCUGCCGCCGCUGUUCAACUUCACCGAGUACGAGUUGAGCAUCCAGCCGUCGCUCAACGACUUCCUGAAGCCGCGCGCCGCCGCCGCCGACCUCGCGCACGACGCCAACGCUGCGCCGCAGCCUCCGCCGGACCAUGACGCGCAGGGCGAGACGCCGGCGGGCGGCGCGGGGGGCGCGGGCGGCGCGGGCGGCGCGGGCGGCCCGAGCGGCUCGCCGGGCGCGUCGUAGAGCGCGGGCCGCCACUCCGCCCGUCUCCGGCUUCCAAUCCAGAACGAGACUCGUUCCUAUGCUAUUUAGUGAUAGUCCUUUUCGUGUUGGCCAUCGGGAAAAAUUAUAUGCAUAAUAGGUGUUUUCGGCGAGUAAUCGUGUGAUACUGUAGUAUAAUUGUGGAUGAAGCUUGAGCUGUCGUAGUCGGUGAGAAGGGUAAAAUCCACUGUAGUUUCUAAACCGUCGCAAUGUGAUUACUUUGUACUUUUGUAAGCUCAAAUUGUCUUUUAUGUACAUACCUUAAAUACUGUUUUUAAAAUAAUGUUUAUUUGGUAAACGACAGAUGAUUAUCUGGACGAAUUGUUUUAUUUUCUUGUCACUUUCUUUUCUAACUAUUUAGAAUGUUUCGCCGUAGUUUUUUUGAGAUGUUGCAUUAGACGCGAGAAGGUAGUCACAUGUUUGUUUCACAUGAAUCACCUAUUGAGAUAGCCACAUGAUAUGUAAUGAGGAGCGUCGUAAACUUGCUUGGGCCGUGUAAUCUGUAGAGAAGACAUAUUUAGUAGUGCAUUAGCGUAUUUAUUGUUGGAACGUAUCACUAACUCAUGAAACGUACGCCUAGUGUAUUUCAACAAUGAAAAAAAAUAGUAAACGGAACAUUUUUGCAUUAAUAGGAAGCAAACUUGUAAAUUUUUAAAACUAGCAUAAACUGAUCUCUCAAGAUAAUUUAAUAUUUAAUGAUAUCUCAAAAUAUUAUGUAUAAACAAUGCAGAGGAUAUAAAUUGCUAGAUAUCAUUAUAAUAGAUGUUUGUUUCUCAGCAACUCGUAUGUUACAAACAUUAUUUUGCGGUGUACCUUAUCUUAUCCAGUGCUGGAUAACUAAUGUAUUUAAUAGCACUGUCGGUGUCCUAAUGUAACAACAUAGUUUUUCGAUAAUAUUGUAUUCUAUAUUCAAUAAAUAAAUGAUAUUUCUAUUAUAUAAAAUUUGUCAUUGAGAACACUAUCGUUAUUAGUAGUCAUUAUGAAACAAUGUUAAAAUAAUGCUAUAAAUUUCAUUGUCAUAGUUUUAAGUAUUCAAGUAAUUUCUUUUUGCACUUCAAUUUGGAAUACAGUUACAAAUUAGGGCGAAGGUAUUAAAACCUUUAAGUAUAGAUUAACGUCAUGUUUUAUUCGUGGUGUAGAAGUAGCCCAUACGCAUCUUUAUCGGUGUAAUGUCCGUGUAUCUGUCUUGCACCGUUAGUAUGCAUUUGUGUGGAGCAAGGCAGCUGUUGCUGAAGAGAGUCAACUGACGCCGCUGCCGGAAGGAGCUCGCGACCUGCUUCAAUAUAAUCGCUUUACAACUGCGGCAUUUGUAAUAUUAUAUUUUGUUGUGUGUAAAUUAUUUAUAAAUAAUUAUAACAUAAAAUCAUAAAUAUGAAUUAUGUGCAACUAUAAUACUUGGACCGACCCCGAUGGAUGAUGGAAUAGGAACAAAGUGGUGUCACAGAAUACCCGUGACCUUGCGAAAAUCAAACCUACGAGCCUGCCUUUUUAAUAUUUUUACUUUCCGCCUCGUUACGGCAUAUAUUCCAUUUCAGUUGUAGUUUUAUUAUAACAUUAUUAUCAACAUUGCAUGUUCACGUAUCCCAGCAUUAUUCAGACAACAUUUUUCAUGCCAGGGCCACAAAAGUAAUACACAUGAUUAUUAUGUAUUACCAUUUAUGUACCUAUGUACUAAUUACGUAUAAAUUAUUGUAUUUUAAGAGAUGCGCUCGGCGCAUUGAUUUGAAAUCACAUAGUGGAGCUUAGUUGUCGUCGUUAAGGCUAUUGAUUUGCUGACACUCCUUGAUGAUUCGUGUAAAUAUAUUAUAAUUAUCUUUAUAGUAUGACUCUGAGGAACGUGUAUCGGUCAGCCCGCUGCGGUUGCCGCUCGUCUAGGGCUCCAAGACACGGUAGUUUAGAUAUGCAUAUUUUUAUUAAGUCUAUCUAAUAUAAAUUUUGUAAUCCACGUUGCUUCUAAAGACCCUCUGUGUAUAAAAUUGAAGACAUACUAGUGACCUGAAUGUUUGAUGCGAAAUUAUAAACGUUUCUAUCCCACUCAAUUCUCACUUCACGUUUUACGUGCACGUUUACUGUAUGAGAAUUGUUUAUAAAAUAGUUCGAAAUGGGGUUAUGACUAAAUUUAUUUCAAGUAAAAAUUUUCUUAUUACUAUUACUGUAAUAUUAAAUUAAAUAGCGAGUGAAAUUUGUA